AACAAUGGGGGCAUGCUGCAAUAACUUCUACCGCGACACGUGGGACCGCUUCUCCGACCGCUGUACUCGCUUCGUGCCCUGCUUAUCUGAUCCUGCUCGGAGAUCAACAUUCUGCUUGCAGUUAAUUCUGGUGCUGCUGCACGUGGUAUACGUGGGCUUUAUAUUGGUGUUCAACAGAGAGUUACUUGAGACAACCCGAGUAGAACCCUGGUACAUUGCAUUAUACAUGCUGUUGCUCAUUGCCACUGUGGUUCAAUAUUUCAUCACUUCUUCUUCAUCUCCCGGGUAUGUUAUUGACGCAAUGAGGGCGGUUGAUGAGGCAGGUGCCUUGUGUGAUAGCACAUCAGGGAUCUCAAACAAAGACAAACUGCUUCAAGCAAAAAUGGCAGUGUAGUUAUUACAAUUGAUAGGAAGCAGUUAGAAAAACAUCUCCUAGGCGGUAAUGCAACACCUUGGACAAAGCUAGUCAUGGAUCUGUAUCCCCACGGAUCAUCUUUAAGAACUUGGACUUGUACCUACUGUCACACUUUGCAGCCUCCUCGAGCUAAACACUGUCAUGAUUGUGACAAAUGUGUUCUUGAGUUCGAUCAUCAUUGUGCGUGGCUUGGGACAUGUAUUGGGAAGGGAAACCAUUGCCGUUUUUGGUGGUACAUAUUUGAGGAGACGAGUUUGUGCGUCUGGACUGGCAUUUUAUAUAUUCAGUUCCUUAAAUCUAGUAUAUCAAAGGCAUGGUGGACGUAUGCAAUUGUGAUUCUAUUGCUAGCUUUCUUGUCAAUCUUCUUUAUAUUCUUGCUUCUCCUACUACUUUUUCAUAGCUACCUUGUUUUAACAAACCAGACAACUUAUGAGCUUGUUCGAAGGCGAAGGAUACCAUACUUGAGGGGGAUACCUGAGAGAGUGUUUCCCUUUAGUAGAGGGGUUUGUAGAAAUGUGUUCUUCUUCUGUUGUGACCGCAGCAGGGAGAUGUACAGAAUGGAACCUCUGCCAACGGCAAUGGAAAUAGAAGAGAAGUCAAAGCCGUAUACUUGCUCAGAUGUCAUGUCUUGCCGGUGUUGCUGUUAAUGACUUGGCCCAUCUGCCCGCCCGUUAGAGGUAUAGGCGUAUAGCGUUUGAAGGACAUGACAUGCAUCUAUUGUGCAUUUUAAGACCGGAGUCGAGGAAACUGCUGAGCAUUGGCAUCUGGCAAAUGGUUAGUUGCGGUUGCUUUUGGCAGUUUGGAAGUUUUCACCGUUGAUGGUGUGACUGUUGUAUAUGUACACUAGUGUUUGUUUGUCAACCAUCUAAUUCAAUUAAUUAUUAAAAUGUUUACGGGUGAAAAGUGGACAGUUUAGUGCAGCGUACGAUACAAGUUUGGACAAAUGUUACUUUACUAUAAGGAUACGAGGUUAAAACGACAUAUCUAUAGUCUAGACAACAUUGUUAGCUGAACUAAAUUAUUGAUUACAGACUUACAGUAUCCCAUGAAAUCAUGAUUCAGUUUUUCCCACAUUGCAAAUUAAUGUGGUGACAUAUUGUACUCAUUAUUGAGGGCUUGUUUGGUUCCGGUUCAGGUUAUUAGUGAAGAUGAUAGUUUUUGGUUUAC